AAAUGUGCUGGCGCCCGGCACUGCGCCCAGACGGAAGUGCUUCCUUGUCUUCUCUUGGAAUCCCGCGGGAAGUGAAGUCUUCUCCUAUUUUGACAAGAAGUAAGUCUGAAAAUUUGAACCCAUCUGCUCUAAAGCAGUUAUGAUGAAACUUAGACACCAACAUAAAAAUCCAGGUAAAAGUUUGAAAGGUUGCAAGAAGUCUACAGUACGGGAUGGGAAGAAAGUAUCCUCCAUAAUGACUUCUGCUCCUCAGUUUGUUCAUUUCAAUGAUCAUGCCAGUUGUGAAGUUGAACUUAAGAAGAAGAGGGUAAAAGAGAUGAAGGUGAAGCAGCAGGCUGCCUGGGAACAAGAGAAAUUCCGACGUAGGACCAUUGAGAAUUAUUGUCAGGACGUUAUGAGACGCCAAGAGGAGUUUGAACGAAAGGAUGAAGUUAUACAGGAAUUAAAUACAUUUCCUCAGCUGAAUGAUGAGGCCUCAAGGAAGUCUUAUUACAAGGAGUUCUGUAAGGUGGUGUCAUCCUCUGAUGUGAUUCUGAAAGUUGUGGAUGCUAGGGACCCAUUGGGAUGUAGGUGUUUUCAAAUGGAGGAAGCUGUCCUUAAGGCAGGAGGCAACAAGAAACUGGUCCUGGUCUUGAACAAGAUUGAUCUGGUCCCCAAGGAAAUUGUGGAAAUGUGGCUGGAAUACUUAAAAAAUGAGCUACCAACUGUGAUUUUCAAGGCCAGUAUACAGCAUCAGGUCAAAAACUUGAAUCAUCGCAAUGUUCCUGUGGAUCAGGCCUCUGAGUCACUGUUGAAAAGCAAAGCUUGCUUUGGAGUUGAAAAUCUCAUGAGAGUUCUGGGAAACUAUUGCCGGCAUGGGGAAGUGCAUACCCAUAUCUGUGUGGGUGUUGUGGGCUUUUCCAACUUUGGAAAAAGCAGCCUGAUCAAUAGUUUAAAACGAAGUCGUGCAUGCAAUGUAGGAGCUGUUCCUGGGGCUACCAAAUUAAUGCAGGAGGUGUAUCUGGACAAAUUCAUCAGGUUACUAGAUUCCCCAGGCAUUGUUCCAGGACCCAGUUCAGAAGUGGGUACCAUCCUGUGCAAUUGCAUCCAGAUACAGAAGCUUGCAGACCCUGUGACAGUGGAGACUAUCCUGCAUCACUGUAAUGUGGAUGAGAUUUUUAAUUACUAUGGCAUCUCUGGGUUCCAGACCACUGAGCACUUUCUGACUGCAGUGGCCCACCGCUUGGGGAAGAAGAAGAAGAAGAAGAAGAAGAAGAAGAAGAAGAAGAAGAAGAAGAAGAAGAAGAAGAAGAAGAAGAAGAAGAAGAAGAAGAAGAAGAAGAAGAAGAAGAAGAAGAAGAAGAAGAAGAAGAAGAAGAAGAAGAAGAAGAAGAAGAAGAAGAAGAAGAAGAAGAGAACUGAUGGCUACCAGAGGGACCUGAACUUUACUGCAGAUCAAAAUAUAAAAGAUGGAAAUAUACCGGUAGGGUCUCUGGCUGGCCGAGCUGGAGCCGCAGAAGCGCCGCCGACCCCGGGAGAGCGACUUACGCGCGACUUUCGCUUCCGCAAUACUUCUCAGAGCAGUCAACUCAGUGAUUUCUUAGGUAUCCGAUAUCUGGCAUCACUCUAUAUUGUGACUAGGUUCACCCAAGCCUUCUCUUCUCUGGUCAAUGAGUCUUCAGAGUCUCAGUGUGAACAAGAUGCUGUGAGCAGCACAACCUGGGAGAACAAGUAUACAUAUUUAUAUGUGAUCUAUUGGUUUUGGGAGAUUGCUGCAGCAGUCCUAGGUGUCAUGUGGGGAGUAUUGACAUUAUGGGGUUGCAUGGGAAUCACAGGAUUCUAUCCUACAUCUACCUACAACUACAAGAGUAGAAAUAUGAGGCACGUGGUUGACAUCUUUUGCCUUGUUCUUGGUCAUGUGCAUCAUCUGACACAACUUUCCAUGAUGGCAAAUGGCACCUCCCACCUGCUCCCAUUCAUCCUUUGGGACUCUUAA